AUGGCAGGCCUUCCUGAUGAAAUAAAGACGGAGAUCUUGUUGCGCCUCCCGGCGAAAUCUUUGGUCCGGUUUCGGUGCGUGUGCAAAUCUUGGAAUUCGAUGCUCACGUCGACCUCUUUCGUCGAAGCGUAUGACGACCGAUCAUCGAGAUUCGGCGACAAGUAUCUUCUCAAGUACAACACCAAAGAUUCCUCAAGGAUAGGGAUACACGAUUUGAGUAGUCGUCUGCUCUCUAAUCUUGAUCCUCUGUUUAAUCUGAGUCAUGAUACGUAUGAGUUAGUGGGUUCAUCCAACGGGAUCGUCUGUUUAGCAGCGUACGACAAAUACGGCCAUACUCGAUCUCGAGAUAUUUCUGUGGAACCCAUCGACCCACGAGCGGAGACGCCUUCCUCAAUCCUGCUUUAUCGUGUCGGAGCUGAUCGGUUUCGGGUGGAGGUUUAUAGCCUGAGGCGAAAUUCCUGGAAGCGGAUCGGCAGCGUAUUCCCUCGCGGGUUCGAUCCCGACUGCUUGGGCAAUCAAGUCGUCUUCAGGAAUUUCGUGUGCUGGUCGUACCAACACGACGCGUCGCUGGUCCUGUUCGAUCUGGUGGAGGAGGUUUUUCAUCGGAUGGUCUUGCCGCUCUCGAUGCGCGCGGUGACGGAAUGCGUACCCUUGUUGGAUGGAUGUCUGUCCCUGAUCGCAAGGAAUCCAUCGCGCCGCAGUCGCGAGGUGUGGAUCAUGAAAGAGUUUGGCGCCGUCGAGCCCUGGACCAAGCUGUACACGAUCGAUCUAUCUUCAACUUCGUGCACCAUUUCGCAAUGCACGCCGCUAGGAUUUGCAGGCUCUCGAGGCAUCUUCUUCGUCAAGAACUACUCUGCCGGCCUGCAUGUGGUGUCAUAUAACGUAGAGACAGCACGGUUUGAAAAAGUCCAAGUCCAAGUCGAUUCAGUCCAGAGUUGUCGGCUGGUUACCUACACGCAGAGCUUGUUCUCUCUUAUGAAUACUCGGACAACUAAUUUUUGA